UGGACGGUAGGGGGAUUUGCUGUAUGCGUGAAACAAUUCACUCUCGCGACAGCCCUUGCUACCAGGUUUUGACGUUACAGUCCUUAAUUAAUAGACUGCGCACUGAAUCACACUUCCCAGAAAUAUGGCACCGAUGUCCGUGACAUUAAUCCUUAGCCGGGCAUCGGAAAGUCCCGAAAGCGACCCACAGUGCGACCGGCCGUCUUUCACCAGAUUCGCCGCGUGUUUCUUCUUCUUCGAUCAGUCUAGACAAUGACCGGCUCCUUGCCGCACGCUCAUUUUCAUACCAUCGGGAUCCCGCUUGACCCUUGCCCAGUCGUAAGGCUAAGCCGCUCGCGUUAUGUUCGGAAUAGUGUUCGUUGUGCUCGGAUCGUUCGGGGCGAGUCUCGGGAACACGGGGGGCCUCCUGGAGAACCCCGAAUUCGUGUCGAACCUCGGCAAGAUCGUGGCCAACGUCGGCGUGGGUGGCGCACUCUCGCGGGGGGCGCAAAAACCCGCCGACGACUGGAGCGCUGCGGUCGGCGCCCUUAGCAACUACAUCACUGGCAAGGACGCCUUUAGCGUGGACAGCAUGCUCGACUACCUACCCGUGUUAGUGAGCUCCUUGACCGGCGGGCACCUCCACUACGAGGACAAAGAGCUGGAAGACGAGGAGGAGCACCACGAGUUCGAGCACGCGCCGUUCUGGCCGCCGUAUUUGGAGGCCUUCAAGGCCUACUGGGAGCACUUCAAGUCGUCCGAACUCGGGGAGGCGCUCUGGAGCAGCUCCCACUUGGGGAGCCUCUUGAGGACGUUCGUCGACAAGGAUGGAUAUUUUCAGAUCGACCGGAUUUUCGACUCCAUGGAGGAUCACACCUUCCGCAGGCGCUGGAUCAGCAGCCUCACGAGCUUCGCCGCCGAGUGGAUCAAGCACUUGGCUCACCCAGCAACAAUGAGACGGUACAUGAACACUGCCCAGUUCAUCGGGAACAGUUUCUUGCAGUCUCAAGGCUAUUCCAAGGCGGCCCUUUUUGACCCGAAUCGACCUGCAGCUUCUCUGAGUAUUCUACUCAACGCCAUCUUUAAACGACACUUCGGCCUACAAAUCAACUCCGGAAGAUACAUCAAACCGGCCGUUGCUUACGCAGAGGACUUGUUGCGGUUAGGUGAGAGGAAGGGGAUGAGCGUGUCGAGCCUAAGCAGCAAGGACAUCGAGAGGAAGCUGGCCGAGUCGCUGAACGAGGAAGUUAUCGAGCCACUGCUCCGAGUUUGGAGGGCCUACCGAUACUCCAUCAAGCACCCUCGUUGCGACCGUUACUUGAUCUGCACCGUCAGCCAAAUCAUGCCCGCAGACAAUGCCCGCACUGGACUCAAACCCGGCAUCAAGAAGCUCACCAGUUUGGUCGCAUCAUGGUUCCUAUCCAGAAGGACGGGUACGCCUUUUUGGAAAUUCUACUACGCCGCAACUGAAAACUACGUGUGCGAGAAAAAAUUCCCGGUUGAUUGUAAAGGAUUUCACGAAGAAGAGGAGGCUGCUGGCGCAUACCGGCACAACGAACUAUGAGGACUCAGGAAUAAAGAAGUUAAAUCGUUCAUUAUUUUAAAGAAAAUGUUUUGAACUCAGGAAUGCUCCGAUCGUUGGAUUGGUAACUGCUGUCACCAAUUAGAGUAUGUGAUUCUUGUAUUCAUCAUCAUCAUGUGCGGACAUUUUCUUUCCUCUUGAAAGAUCGUUUUGUAGAACUUGCACUGAUGUUCAAUUUAUUUAUAUUUCAACAUGUCAAACAAACAUGACAAGGAAACUAAAAUACCGGUAUUUCACUGCAACUUUUAAGACUUCUUAAAGGUUGUUCAUCUCAGGAGGAACAUUUUUUUUGGUCUAGACAGAAUCUAAUAUAUAUUUUCAGAGGUAUUGAUAUUGAUUUAUUGGUUGAUUUAUAGAUUUAUUGAUCGAUCGAUCAACGGAUGGAUUGAUCAAUUUAUUGAUUGAUCGAUUGAUCGCUCGAUCGAUCGAUCUUGUUGAUUACCGAAUCCUCAUUUUUCCUUAAAAUUCCUUCGCGCUAAUAUUUUCAAAACUUAUUCUGCCUUUAAAAGAAUAAUGAUUUACUGACAGAACGGAUCAAAUUUCAAACUUGAAGACCAUUUAGAAUUUACCAUCAAGAUACCGGCUGUAAAUAAAAUUUAAAACACACUUUAACGUAUCUUUUUACAGUAUUUGAAUUUGUAAUUGGAAAAUAAUAGUUGAACAAAAUUUUGUAAUAUUUGUAUAGUUGUAAUAAAAAUUCAAACACCCACAA